AUGAGUGACCUGCAUUUGGAAUUCGACAAUGUAAUUCCUCCCGAAUUUUCAGUUGUAGCACCAGUUCUAAUACUCGCCGGCGACAUUGGAAGACCAGAUGUGCCAUCUUUACAAACGUUCUUACUUACUCUGUGCCAAAGAUUCGAACAUAUCUUUUUUUGUGGCUGGAAACCAUUGUUUCUACCAAGGGUUGAGACAAAAGAUGGGAAAAGCACAAGAAAACGUCGAAUCACAGUGGAUGAUACUAAUGAAUGGCACACGCAACAGCUUGUUUGGUUGCGUGAAGAGAUUGAAAAGGCACGCAACAAUGGGGAACAUGUGGUUAUCAUUACACAUCAUGCACCUUGCCGUCAUGACACUUGUUCAACAGAAGAUGAAGAGUCUGACCUAAUGGAUGCGUUCGUUAACGAUCAUGAUACAGAUUGUGUUGAUCCUGUUCGUUUGUGGGUGUACGGACAUACACAUUGGUCGACUGACCUGAUCAUGAAUUCUACGAGAAUAGUGAGCAAUCAAUGUGGAUAUGCCCAUGAGAAUUGUGGAUUUCGACCGAACAUGAAGAUUACUUUAUAUGACGAUAGACCUAUUGAUGUCAUAGAUUCUGUUCACUGUGAUUCUUAA